UCCCGGUAAAUUUGGACAUGUUUUUCUAGCGCGCAAAUAGGUGGCAGGAACGGUCUGUAUUCCCCUGAAAAAGUUGUUGAUAAACAAAAGUACAAGUUCCAGAACCAGCAACUGUAAACGACCGGGCUAAUGUUAUUCUACUUUUGGCGCAUUAGCUUGGUAUAAAUAGCUAUAUGUUAGGCUAUUUGUGCAAGAGUAUCAAGACGAAAACAACCCAGGACCGAUGAUGAUGGACACCGAGGGUUCAUCUGUCCCCGUCCUGUCCCUUUGUUAUCUGGCCCCACCUUUACGCCUGAUGUCGGCUGCGAUGUGGAAGGCGAUGUUACAGCAGGACGUGAGCCAGUAUGGGAGGCUGGAGGAGUUUAUAACGUCUACCUGUCAAAGUGUUCCCGGGCUGCUGGACUAUAGACACUAUGUCAAGCUAGUAUUGGGCCUGAGGUCUCGGUUGAUUUUGGAAUUGUGCCGGAACCCUGAAGCCCUUGCUAAAACAGCCAUCCUCACGCAUCUAGAAAAGCUACCAGCCCUGGUCCAGUCUGCCCCCAAUAGGCCGAAAAGUGAUUUGAAAGUUGAAAUGACAUUAAGCAACUUCGAGAACUUAGUCCAGACCCUCCUUGAUGACCCUGAAGAGAGAGAGCUCUUUUUCCAGGAAGAGUUUCCCGAACAGUAUGGCGCACAAUACGACCGAGCCCUGGAGAAACUUAUGUGGGAGUUCUUGAGCAGAUUGGACCAAUUAUUACCAGUUCCAGAUUUGGCACAGACAGUGUCGUGGCUGGCCAAUGCCCCAGCGGUCCUGGACGAGUGCGCCAAGUCCGCCACUCCGCCUCAGCUCCUCAGAAACCUGCUGCAGCACGAGCUGGUCCUCGGCCACGCUGGCCCAGGAGUGUCCAUACCUCCCCGCUCAGGAGAUGAUGUCUGCUCAACGUCCCUCCCUCCCUCUGGCCGUAUCCAAGAAACGCAUCAGCCGGGAUCUGACCCGACCGCUGGCAGUUCGGUUCCAUCGCUGCCAAAGUCCGAUCCACAACAACAGAGGCAAACGGGUUCGCCCAUCGACCCCGUGAUUGGCUCCAUAUCGCUGAUGGACAUCCAGUCAGCUGUAGCAUGCGCCGGGAUCGGAGAGAAGAGUCCUCGACCUGACCUCACCUCGCAACAACCUGACCAUUGUGAUGUGGAACCUGACGCACCAGCUCAAGACUUCACGAAAAUCAGGCAGAAAGCUCAUUCAGCACCUGCCGAGGCUGCUGGGGAAGAGGAGGAACAUGUCAAGAGCGAGAAGGAGCCAAUCAGGCUCCAUGAUGAGGGCGAGGACAAGGACAAGGGUAAAGUGCCCAGGAAGAGGGGAAGGCCACCCAAGAGAAAGGGGCGGAUAGCCCAAACUGACGGGGCAGCGAUGGAGGGGACAGAGAUGCAGGGGCAGAAGAACGUGACAAGCGACCCCACGAGCGCCAGCGCGACGGCCCGAGAAGAGGACGGAGCGUCUCCACGGCCCUCCCGUUUGAAGCGACAGCCGAGAGUGGUCCUCCGGCGACUGCACAAGACGAGGGUCACCAGGGUCACGAGGCAGAGAGACGUCGGGGCCGCGGACAUCGCACAGAAAAGGGACGACUUGGCGGACGCGCUGGCCUCCUGCGCGAGACGCCGGCUGACGGUGGUCGUCCAGCGGCUAGACAUGUCGUCCCCUGCCGUUCAGGCACUCUUAAAGCGACCUCCGGUAGCUACGCCUGAACGCCAAACGAGGAGUCCGUCCACAAAAAAAAAAGGACUAUUGACUGUGGGGAAGACGAAGAGAAAGGCGAAGAGACUGGGCCGCCCGCCAUCUUCCAAAAAGACAUUGCUGGACUCUAAAGAAAAUAAAGAGAACAUUGAAGGACUCCAAAUAUUUUCCCAAAGGACAAAUAGCCCAGUUAGGGCACUGGCAGGUGCUGAAUCUGGAGAGGAAAUGGUCGCUGACUCAGAGGAUGAAUCCCCAAACAGAUUCACGCUGUUCCUGAAGCGUUACUACAAGACCAAGCACAACACCUUCGUGCCAACGCUAGAGGAGUUUGUGAUGCCGCGUCACCGUGACCGGUCUCCUGGCACAGGACAAAGGCAGUGACCCGUAGGCCUACAGGAAGGAUCACUAUUCCCUCUGCAGAUGGACACGGAUGAUUAUGCUCUCUUAUCACUAAGCAGCAUUAACCGGAAGAGCUGGGUCUCAGGGCUCUCAUGGCUAAGGACUGAUGGCUGGCUGUUCUUUUUUAAUAUAUGCAUUAUGCAAUUGUGCUUUUUACGGAGCCCUUGAAGGACAAUGGUGGGAAUUAUAUUUUAGAGGUGCUUUUGCCUUCCCUCGCAAUAUUUUUUGGAACGCAAAACUGAUUGCAAGGGAACGCAAAAGCAUUGCAAGGGAACACAAUAGAGGCUUGAAAGAAUAAAUUAAAAAAUGUAAAUAUAUAUAUAUUCUCACCAUGGUCCUUCGGGGGCUCUGUAGCUUUUAAACCUCAUCACUUGCGCACUUCUUUAGUGAAAAUGUACUAUUUUCUUGCAUCUACAUACUAUGUAUUUGAUGUUUAAUCCAUAUGAAUUUGGCUUUUGAAUGCCUAAACUACCUAAAUUACUUUAAUAUAAUAAUGAAUAAAUAAAGUCUUGAAUUGAAUUGUACAUAAAAA